AUGGCAAUGAUUAGACUUAGUGACACUAGAUGGAAUUGCCGUUAUCCAAAUAUAGAGUCUGUUAAAAACAGUUAUAAAGUAAUUAUUCAAUCUUUAGAAGAAGAAAUUAAAAAUGAUGAUAGAGGAGUAAAUGAAGUAAUUGGUAUAAUAUAAUAAGUAAUAAUUAAUGAUUCAAAGUAUUUAAAUUCCAAUAUAUUUGUUUUAGGUAUAUUAACAAAUUUGAAAAGUGGACGAUUUAUAGUUUAUUUAUUUAUCUUACAUAAAGUAUUAAUAUUAAUAUUGUGUCUAACAAAUUUCAAGAAAAAAAUGCAACCUUAGGGGAAUCUAAAAAUAUUAUUGAAGGUGUGAUGAUGACUUAAAAAUUCUAGAACAACAUAGUAUUUUUCUAAGCUUUGGUGUGAAACAGAAAUCUUUGCUAAAUACAAUGAAAUAUCAAUACAAACGCCAUCUAAAGGUAAGACUUAAUAAACAUAUUUAUUUAUAAUUAUAAUAAUUUUAAGUUAAUAUUUACUCAACUAGGAUGCAAAAGAAAAAUACAAGAGCCACACAAAAUAUUUUGAUACUACUGCAACCACAAGUGCUGAACAAAUUAUUAAUGACACCAUUGAAACCAUUUAUGAUUAUUUUAGAAAAAAUGCUUUCUUUCCUGUAUUUGAUGCUAUCUUGAUAAAUCUGGAAAAAAGAUUUUCUACUGAAAGCUUUCAAAUGGCUACAGCUGUUGAUCAAUUUUUUCAAUUAAACUUUGAGGAAAGUCUUUUCUUUGUAGAUCAUUAUAAAGUAAAGUAA